CUAGACGUGAAGUAAACAAAGAAUCAGCUGACAGUUAUGGCAAGAUAUUCUAGUGAAUCAGAUUCAGAUCAUAAUAGCAGGUAUCGUCGAAGACGUAGCAGGAGAUCUAGAUCAUCUAGUUCAGAUUCCAGUGAUUCAUCUUCACAUAGAAGAAGAUCAUCCAAACAUUCAAAAACAAAGCGUAGACAUCGCUCACAUUCCAGAAGUAGGGGAAGAGAUAGGGAUCAUAAUCAAAAAAGUUAUAAGAGCUCUAGAAACAGUAGCUCAAAAGGAAGAGAAAGACAUAGAUAUCAUUCAAGAUCAAGAUCUUCAGAUUGUUCAAAGAGGAAAGCUAGAUCUAUCUCAAGGGAAAAGUCUGGAAGUCGUUCAAGUAGUUCACAAUCUAAUGUAAAAACUAUUGUAUCUGAAAAAAGUAAAAAUAUCUUAAUAAAAGAUGAUUUUCCAAUUGAACCCCGCUUUAAAGAAGGUGUAUUAGAAGAAAUUAAUUCCGAAGGUUUUACACCCAAGCAAUUUUCAUCUAAUACAAAAGAAAAAAAGUUUAAGAACAUAGUUAUAGACAUUAGUGCAGAUACUAUACAAAUUCCAACAGUGGCAGAAGUUCCUUGUGGAUCAGAGAGUAUUUUUCAUUCAUCGAUAAUGAUUGAUCAAGAAGCAAGAUUUGACAAAUGGGUGAAAAAAUUAUACACUCUUAGACAAAAAGCUAUAGCUGAUUUAAUACAUUCGAAUGUUACUUGA